AUCUUGUGCCUCGCAACGAGAUGUUCAUUCUCCUGGUGCUGCUCCUGAUACUGGUGGGGUUGGUGCUCACGACGACCUGCAUAGACGUCGUUGGAGCAUACUACAUUGACAAAUUGCACUUCUUUGGCAGAAGAUUGGAUGACGAUCCGCUUUCUUGGCUGAAAGAAGUACAACAGCGACGAAUUGAGGCUAUGAAAAGAGAGGCCAUGCGAAAACUUUUCGAGACUGUUACCGCGCUGCAUCACAUUCGUUUCACAGACUCUCCAGGAAGUCCAAGGAAUCUGGUCGCUUCCCAUGCCACAGCCGAUUCGGUGCUUCUCAGAUGGUGUGCACCAUUGUAUGUCGACGAAGGAAAACGCUACUGGUACACGCUAACGUACAAGCCAAGCCUGACUACGACGACACGGUAUGGUUCCAGCAAAUCCGCGAAGGCCCAAGAGUAUACAGAGCCAUGUACAGUGCCCCAAUCGCUCCGCCUCGAAGCCAUCAGUUGCGAGACAGCAACCGUUUCAUGGCGUCCACCAAAAGUCAACAAUGGAGCUGAGAGCUACGUUAUUCAGUUUACUCAAGAACCAGCACCUCAAUUCGCAUACUGGAACAGAUACAAAGUAGGAGACAGGACCAGGUUCACACUGACUGAUUUGCUUCCGGAUACAAGGUAUAUACUCUGUGUAUCUGCUGAGCACAACUAUGGCCUAGCUGCAAUGUCAAAAUCGAUUCGAUUCCGUACGAAGCGCUGGUGGGCCGACGACGACAGCACAUGUCUUCAACUACCUUUUACCAAUCGUCGUAUGUCAAUGACGAGUGUGAUUUCUUCGCUGAGUGCACUGAGGUAA